UGGCCAAAGAAUUUUGAAAUGUCUGCAACGAACCAUAGUGGCUGGCUUGUCCUAGUUUUGAACAGCAAAGAAAAACUGGAAAUGCUGAUUGAAAUCUUCAAAGGUAAAGAGCUGAAGGAAGGUAAAAGUUUGCAAGAACUGCUCGCAACUCGUCUGCUUUAUUCAGAAUCAAAUGACGAACAAUUGUUGUUCAACUCGACACUUCAGUUUCUUCUUGACUUUCCCGAUUUUCCAAGGUCGUUUGUAAAACUUCAUUUCUCAAUAGAAUCUGGAAACUUCCCAUCUCUCAGAAUGUACAAACUGGAUGAAACAAUCUGCUUGGACAGAAUAGUUGAAAUUGUAGUGUCCAAAAAUCUUGUCUGUCUUUUAAGUUCAGUUGCUGGUUCAGGAAAAACGACUGUCCUUAGAGAAAUUGCUUUCCAGCUCAGGAAAGAAAACACUGAACUGAAAAUAGUACAUAUUUCCCUUGCAAGCAUCUCAAACGAAUUGAUGAAAAAAAGCCAUUCGAAUGAAUUCGAAUUUCUCGCCGAAUCAACAAACCGUUCACUAGAAGACGUAAAUAACUGGAUUUCAAGCAAGAAAUUCGUCGUUUUGAUCGAUGGUUUUGACGAAAUCUACUUUAAGUACCAAAACAAAAUGCUGAGAUUAAUCGAAUCAUUGAGCAAAAAUAUGGUGCCAGUUAUGAUUGGAACGAGACCUCACAAAGCUGCAUUGAUUAAAAAAGCCGUGAAAAAUGCAGUGAUAUUAAAAAUUGAGCCAUUGAAGAAAAAUCAGCAAAUAGAGUUUUUAAAACUGGAGACUGGAAAGAGUGAAGAUGAUUGCAAAUCAUUCAUAGAAAAAUUUCCAAAAAAGGACAUUUUACAAAACCCUCUGCACCUCUCUUUAGUCGCGCAAAGCGGAGGCAGAGGAAAUUUGUACCAAAUUUACGAGCAGGUUGUGCGGCUCAAGGUGGAAAUGUGUUUGAAAAAUCGAGUAGGGCUUGACGCAACCCACAACCAGUUUGAAAUUGAAACCGAUUCAGCAAUGAGCUUUCUCCAAAGGAUAGCGUUUUGCUAUCUAGGCCAAGCUAAACGUUUCGGCCGAGAAGGAAGAAUAGAGGACAUGGAAAAAUUAAAUGGCUACGGUGUCGCCAUGUUUCAAAAUGACAGGAUCAUUUUCUUGCACGAAACAUUCGCGGAGUUCUUAGCUGCCCGAAAAUUCGUGCAUGACGUUGAGGAGGCUAACGGGCUCUUCAAGCCAAGCAACUUCUUCGAUGAGGAGAAAACCAUAUUCGAAGACGAAUGCGAUUUCAGGGAGUGUUGGAAGUUUGUUGAUAUGUACUACUCCACGAUACAGCGUGAUGCACAAAAAGUAAACCUGCACAAAAAUGCACUUUUACAUGCAGUGAAAUCCAAUCCAGAUGCGUUCUUGGAGUUUGUCGUGUUUGAGAAUCUGAGAUCCAUGUACUCUAUGAUAAAAUCUUUGAUGACCUUUAAAAAAACCAAAAAUGGUGAUUCGAUUUACUGCAGAAAGGAUUCGCUUUUGUUGAAUUACGUGAUAAAGAACGCUGAGGACAUCGCUGUUCAUUUUGUGGAAACAGACAUGAUCGAAGGCGAAGAUCCUUUGCUUAAAAUUCUGCCUAACUUGUUGAAGAGAGUUGCUGAAUGCAACGCAACUCUCUUCUUUAAGAAGCUCAAAGAUAAGUUCCCCAUUUUACCCCAGCUGAUCGGAUCUAAAUUGUCUAGAAGACAUAGAAGACGCGCGGCAAUGGAAGCAGCUAGGCUGGGAAACGAACAAAUCCUUGACAUGCUUCUGCAAAGUGGCGUUGAAACCGAUAGGGAUCGCCGGUUAUAG